AUGUUACCUUUAUACAUGCUAACAAGCAUCAAAAAACAAGAAAUUCUUGUGGAGUUGAAAAACGGCGAGACCGUUUACGGGAAAUUAAACAACUGUGACUCGUGGAUGAACUUGACGUUGACCGAUGUGGUAUAUAACUUCAACAACGGUGAGAAAUUUCAGAAAAUGAACGAGAUAUACGUACGUGGUGCUCACAUAAAAUUCCUUAGAUUGCCAGACCUGGUGAUGGACCAGGCAAAGGAGCAAAACAUGAUGAAUAUGGAGCAAAGAAACAGAAAUCAGAAAAGGAGAGGCACGGGAGGCUUCCAGAGGAGAAACUACAAUAAUGACUACAGUCGUGAUAACCGUGAUAACCGUAACUUCAACGGAUCACUGAGAGCUGGUGGAAAUGGAGGAAAUGGAGGAAAUGGAGGGUACGGCAGAAGGAACUAUGCUAGUUAG